CGUUGCCUAGAAAUAAGAAUGACAUAUGUGACAAGACCAAUUUACACAACUAGAAAAACACGAUUUUCGGUUAUAAGACUUGUACCAGUUUUUUUUUACGCGAAGUGUACUAGAAAAGAUACUUAGAGCAGCCCAUAUCCAGACAAGUAGCACGAUUUUGAGCAAAAGACAACAGUAAAUAGGUUUUGCAUGUGACUUGGUGUUUGUGACAUGUUCAACAAUAGAACUUCGAAAAAUGUUCAAAACAUUUAAAGAAGAUGCUAGAAAAUAUAGCUUCCCUAUAAACCAAAAGAAAACCAAGCAGGUAUAUAGAAAUGAGGAAAACGCAGAAGAAAAUAAAUGGAUCACUUUAAGUAGUUUUUGGAUUUCGAUAAUCUUCCAGACACGAACUUCACGUGUGUAGGCAAAGUUAUCGGCGGUUAUUAUGCAGACCUGGAAACGAACUGUCAAAUGUUCCACGUCUGUACUAUUGGCCUACUUGACGAGCCUAUGGACAUCAGAUUUUUGUGCCUAAAUGGAACAGUUUUUGAUCAGGAAACUCGAGUCUGUGAAAGGAUAGACGAAGUUGACUGUACAAAAUCUGAACAAUAUUAUAGUUUAAAUUUAGAAUUAUAUGGACAUAGUCAAUCCUCUAAUAUAGAAGACAAUUCUGAGACUGAACAACCCCUUAUAAUUAAAUCGACGUUACCAACGACUACGACGACAACCCAAGCCCCAAGAAAAACUACCCGUGCUUCCUACUACACCUCACCCCCUGCACCAACAGCUACUACAUUGGAAAAUCGUCUUGCCUCUGGAAACAGUUACCUACCAUCUGCAGCAAACCAACACUCUCCUAAACGCGAUCAUAUUCUAUCAGGAAACAAUAAACAAUCUACGGGAAAUAAUAACCAACAAUCUACUAACAAGAAUCACAUUACUGCAAACAAUCAUCACAUCGCUUCCCACCAUUUCCCUGUCAUUAGUCAAAGUGCCACAGAUAUACGUUUUAAUCCGGAAGAGAUCAACAUUAGUUUACAUCCUGGAGCUCCUCCAGAUAUAAGGACGAAAGCGGUUUCAUACUAUAGUGAUAAAAAAGUGACUAAUAGUGAAAAUCAGUUAGUGGUAACGACGCAUAGAUCGGUAUAUGAUAAUCCUAGACGGGAGGCAUUGAAUACCGGGUCCAGUACGCAAAGGAACCGGUAUAACUCUCCAACUCCAGGUGAUGUCAGCGGGUUUGGGUUUACUUUCGACUCCGCUGAGUCAGCGGAGUAUACGGAUCCUCCUGAAAGUUAUAGAAUUCGUACGGAGUUUAGGCCUAGUCAGCAGUACGCAGCUGCUCUGCAAAAUCCCAACCCUCAACUAUAUAAAUCCAGUACUUUCCGUUCUGAAUAUGCUUCAAGUACUCCCAAAAUAAAUAACUAUCAACAGACGAAAUCUUCCACAACUAUAAGAAACUACUUCAUUCCUUCGGUAAAAUCACCACAGCUUAAUCAACAAAUCCAAUAUGACGACGACGACGAUGAUGACGACGAUGAUGAUGACGACGACAGCGAGGAACUACCAACAGAGAAAGAUCGACAGAGAAUCAAACUACCUCUUCCAAUAUUGCCAACUUUGCCACCUCUGACGUUUAGCUCACCUGCGCCAUUUUCUCUACAACAGAGGAACGAACAAAAGAGAUAUACAAAAGAUCAUCUUCCUCCUCCACGGAUCGUAGUAAGCGCUAGUGCUAGCGUUAGUGAUGCCAGCGGAAGAAGACUGAACUAUUCAUUAGGAACAAUAGAAGCUGCUCAACUGUUUAAACCACCCCCAAGAUCAUACGAUGAGUAUAAAGACGAAGAUGUAGCACUGGAUCCGUUUUAUCUUGAUGUUCCAAAAGUAACGAAUUCACCUAGAAAAAAGCGAAGUGUAGAGAAAACUCCAUCACAGCGAAAUCAAGACCAACAUAUUAAUUAUUCUGAUAUUAUCAAAACAGAGGAGGAAGCUUUAAACGUGCUAAGAUUUCUGUUUGAAUGGUAUAAAAAUGAACAGACUAAUCCAGCUAAAUCUACUACUACCCCUCUUACUACCCCUCUUACUUCCCCUCUUGAUUCUGAAGGAAUAUCUUCAAUAAACUAUGAGCUUGCUCCUGCAACAGAGUCUAGUAAAUCUGAAGAAAGUGAUGACGAUGAUAAUUUAGAUCUUGUUUUUAAAACCAACGAUAGUUUUAACAAAAAGCUUAAAUAUAGUGUUGUAAAUAACAGAGGUAGCUCGGUGGGCCAUAACGAAGAAAGAAAAAGUAAAAUGGUAGACGAAAAAUAUAAUAUAGAACACGAUUUCGACAAGGAUGAAUUAUUCCAUCCUGAGGAAGAUUAUGUAAACGAUAAUUACGAACCCCUAACUUAUAAAGAACAAGAAUACAGGCACCACCAUAAAGGAAAGUAUUUACACGACAAGGAAACGCAUGCGCCAUAUGAAGACCAUAAAAGUUAUCCAUCUGUUGACGACUACAUUGAUGAUAAUAUUGAACCAAUUUAUUACAAAGAACGAAGUUACGAAAAGGGAAGUAGUAAAGAGUAUAUAAAUGAAUCUAAAAAGUACAAUUCUGAUCCUAAUAAUAGUAAAAAUCAAUCAGAAGAUAGUAAUGGCAUUAAAGAUUACUAUGAUAAUAUAGAAAAUGAUUAUUCCAGUCAUGUUGAAAGUAACCAAGAAACAACACUACCAUUUACUACAGAGCAUCCUGAAGAACAAACAAGUACUAAUGACUAUUUUGUCGAGACAGCAACUCCCUCUAAUCCAGAAAUCCAAAACGCUUUCUUAUCUGAAAGACUUCCACAUAGUACAGCAAGACCGAAAAGCAAUAGACAAGAAGAUUUUAGAGGAAAUCAGAAAUCUAAUGAGGAUAUAACAAAGAAAGAAAAAGAAAAUAAUUUACCUGAAAAACUUGUCGAAAAACCUUAUCGUGCCAAGGAUGAUUAUGAUUACCUUCGAACUGUACAUUUUUAUACUUCGACUUUGCCACCUCCUUUUGAAAACACAGAAACUGAAUUUAUACCAACUAUUACAGAAAGUCCUAGUGUUACUACCAGUUCAUUACAACCUCAGACAGAAAAAACAAUAGUGGAAGUCGUCACCACUAUUAAAGAAGAUGAUGAUAUUGGAAGUUAUACUCUUACAACAUCUACUACAACCACAGAAAGUCCUGUCAGACGAAAUAAUAAAUCUAGAAGAGGAAAGUUUAGAUUUAGUGAUUCUUUUACUAAAGAAACUGCGUUUACAAGGAAAAGGUAUCAUACUUCACCCAGUUCAACUGAAAUUGAUUACGACAGCAAUCUUUCUGUGCAAAUGGAGGAUCUAAGGACUAAACCUUUAAAAUAUCAAGAUUACAGUAGAGACUUUAAAUACGUAAAUUCGGAAAUGGAAAGUAAAGAACCAUACUCGGAAAUAUUGGAAUCUACAACCAAAGUUAACAAUCAUAUUAAAGCAAAAUCAAGAAAUAAUGAAAUUGUGUAUAAAAAUAGUAUAUCUUUGUUAAAUGCUAUUAUUAAUGAUACGCAUGUCGACCAAAGUAACGUAGAACAAACUGUGUUUACAGAAACUACUUCAACAUUAGAACCAAAAACUGAAACCACCAACUAUACUAAAAGUAAACAAUUAAUAACAGAUGACUUUACUAUGGAUGAUGAAACAACUACUGAAACUUUUGAUACCUCUACUACAGUUCCUACUACUCUUAAACCGUGGUUGACAAAAGAUUUAAAAAAAAUGAUAGAGCAUAUUGAAUCUAAUACCAGGAGUGUCGCGGCCCCAAAAGUUAAGCAAAUAUCUACUGAAGACAGAACUACUGUUGAUAUAACUACCACAGCUUCACCUAAAAGAAUAACAAUGGAUAUGAUUACAAUUCAAAACGAUUUAAACGUUGCUUUUAAUACAACAGGCAUGCAUUUGAUUGAUGUAACUGUUGAAGAAGAACCCACCAGUACUGCGCAAAUAAGUACUACAGAAGAAGUGCCAACAACGACGACACAGGAAUAUUUCGAAGUAACUAAACAAAGAGAUAGUAAUUUGCUAACCGAAACAGAAGCCACCAAGACCUUGCAUGAUAAGGAGAUAUUACCUGAUACAACAACUGAUAUAACACAAUCAACUGAAAGUGAUAGUACCAUUAGUAAUACUCCAGACACUACGACCAUAACACCAGAUGUAACUACUGACAAAGACAAAUAUACACAAAUACCAACAACUUUAGAGCAAACAACAAUGGAAUCGACCACUCUUGAAGAAGUUUCAACGGAAGCUACUACAGAAUUUACAACAGAAUAUACCACUACCUUAAAACCCAAAAGACGUGGGGGUAAACCUACGAGAAGAAGGCCUCAAAGUUAUCAAAGGUCGGGAUAUAGGCAUAGGUUUGGUUCAAGUACAUUUACCAAAAGACCAAGGAAACCAACUAUUGAGGAUGCAGUUGUCGAGGUUCUUAGUAGGACAGACAAAGAAACUACAACCGAGAGUUUCAAGAACACCGGAAAUAAAAAGGAUUAUGAACUAACUGACUACCCCUUGCGAAAAUCAGUAAAUCCCACACAAGCUGAGAGAACGACAGUCACCACACCUGUUACGAAAACGUACCCCCCACGACAGUUUUUCUUCAAUUGCUUCGGAAAAGUGGUAGAUAAAUUUUAUCCAGAUGUAAGAGACUGUAGAUUGUUCCAUUAUUGCACUCAAGGAUACAGCAAAAAUCAGUUAUUAGACUUGAAGUUUGUUUGUGACCUGAACACGUAUUUCGAUGAUGAGAAGUUGAUUUGUACAAAGACGAAACCUACACGAUGUUUGUAAAUAUUAAGUAGUUACAUAUUUUGUAUUUUAAAUCGACUAAAGAGUAUUUUUCUAAACGGUAAUAAUGGAAGUAUAGACUAGUAGCCAGAAAAAUGAUUACAGAUAUAAAAGACAUCGAUCAAUUCGGCUGCAAAAUAAGAAAAAACACCUUACCUUGUCUCUUUUUUGUGAGUUUGAUGGCCUUGGCCAAGCAAAUUAGCCAGACAUUUUGAUAUUUACCUUUUCUUGGUUGACUAGAUUGACAUUUUUUAAACUAAUUUGGAAAAAAAUGUGGCUUAUAUCCUUUUACAUGAAAAAUAAAGUCUAAAUGUAAAAUUAGCCAGGCAUUUUGACAUUUACCUUCCCUUGGUUGACUAGAUUGAUCUUUUUUUAAAUGUAUAUGGAAAAAAUGUGGCUUUUAUCCUUUUACAUGAAAAAUAAAGGCUAAAUGUAAAACAGGAAACCUAAAUUUGAUGAUCAAGGAAAACUUAGUGGCCAUCACUUAAUGGAUAGUCUUCAUUGAAAUUCUCGAUAUCUAUUGGUAAUUCCCAUCUUGAUUGACCAUUUUUUGCGCAAAUAUCCAAAAAAAGCCGUAUAUAGUUUUAUUAGGGUUCCAUGUUAAAAAAAGUGGGAUAACCUGGGUGGAUACUGG